AUGUACGGUGCGCUGACACAACACCGGGGGACCCGCGGGGUCACUUUUGCUCCCUUGGCGCAGGCGGAGGCGACCGACGCGAAUGCCUUGGAUGACUCGAGCGAGGAAGUGCAACAACGGUGGGAGAACUUGACGGCAAAGGAACGAUUCCGCAACCAGAUUCAAGAUAUACUGCGGCAUUCGUCGACGAUCGAGGACUACGAGGAUGAGAAUGAUUUGCAUCAAGUCCAAGAGGUGCGCAGUGGGCACGCGGCUGCAUACGUCCCAGUCGGCGACCUCAUCCCGAACCCUGGGUUUGAAGAGCUAGACAUCGCGGAACUCUCUGGUUCGUACGGGGGAUACUAUGCACCCACUUACGAAAGGCCGCCCUACGAAAAGAGGUCGCCUUACGACAGGGCGCCAUCUUCGCUCAGCAAGGCAAGUGACUCUCGUACGGAAACAACGUACAUGGGGUCAGAGCCUGGAGACAAAUUCCUCCACUACGCACCCAAGAUCACAAGUGUCGAGGUGGACGGUCAGAGCGACGAAAGUCAGCCUCCGACUGAGCGCCCGAACUAUAAGCCAUUCGUGCUUAAGGGCCCAUUUCUUGCCGUGCUGUUCUUGGUUAUAGUAAUAUUAAUGGCCUUGACAGAGGCAGCUGUUCACGUUUUGCCAGAUGCAACGAAAGGGUCUGAGGCAUUGCUGAGCACGCGCAACUCAACGAGGGUGAAAGUUCGUGAUCUCUGGGCGGAGCGACAGUCCUCCCACUUGCUCCACGGUCUGCAUUAUCCUCGCGACGACGAUAUCACAGGAGAUGGCGUAUCCGACGGAGAUAAAGGCAGCGGAGACACCAAGCCCAACCCCGUUAGAACCACAUCAAGCACUAUUACGACUGAAGAGAAAAGCUCGACAACUAGUUCCACGAGCACGACGUCGUUAGAUAGUGUGGCAAGCACGUCUACGAAGUCCGAUCCCAAGCAGCCGCAAGUGACAUCAACAGCAGAAGAUACAGCGCCAACAACCACGAAUACUCAACAAUCACUGACUUCUACUACCACGUCACAAGUACUUUCCUCAGAAAAUGGCCCAAAACCCUCUGACAAUGACAGUCCGAAGCCUACGAACGACCCGAGGCCUUCUGACGUUACACUGACAACCAAUAACCCCCUCCCAACCACAACCCAGCCCAACCCUCAGCAACCAGGUGGUCCAACCGGCGGAGAGUCUGGUCCUACAAAUGAGAAGUCGCACUCUACUGGAGGCAAAACUAACCCGCCUGGAGGCGGCCCGGAUCGGACCAGUACCUCAAGCCAACCGGAUAAGCAACCUCAUCCGACAGAGGCCAACCCAAGUACCACCGGUACUGAUCCAACCCCCCCUGACAACGGGCCAACACCUCCCCAGACCCAUCCACUUCCCGGUGAGAUUACCACAGCUCCGCCUCCAUUUCCACCAAUCCUCUCAACGACAUCAACUUCUGAGAAGGAACCAACUCAUACAGAGGGUGGGCAUGGGGAUAUUCCGGGGCCGAGUUCCACGACGACGACGACUUCACAGCAAGCUCCCGGGCCACCGCAGCAAAGCACAGAAAGGACUCUUCGUACUUGUUUUGUUUCUGUUACACAGAUCUUCACGCAGUGGACCACAGUGCCUGCAGUCACCGUAAAUGUAGGAGUCCUGGAAAUAGGGGUGAACAAGAGGAGCGUAUCGCCUACGCAGGUAAAACUGGUGCCUCGACAAGACCCUAAUUGUGACGUUGUGGUUACUGCCACUGUAUAUUCCACGAUUGUUCUCACUACGACGAGCACUAUCCUGAGUGUCGGCAUUCCAGACAAGCCUUCAACGACCCCACCUGUCCCGGACCCAGGGGGUUCCACCGAGAGACAGACAACAUCCUCAGACACAGGAGGCCCCUCAAUCACGAACAGUAUUACUGUGACAACUUCAACGCCAACUUCAGUCUCUCAGCCAUCUGAACCUGCUAGCCAGCCCAACGGUCCGACGGAGAAGCCCUCUACCGUCACAUCUUCGGCUCAAGUCACCACCUCGGAUCCGCCCAACCCUGGUGGCGUCAGUUCAAUUAGCAGCACGUCGAAAGCGUCUGACCCAGUAGUGCCACCCAGCAGUAGUAGCACAGCAUCUCUGACUCAAUCCUCGGACACCACAAUCCACCCUCCAUUGCCACCAGGGUCGUCGACAGACCAGAUCAGCGCUACGAACUCUGAAGUCUCAUCGGAUGUAUCACUUACCACUACUCGGGCUACGCAGACGAACGUGCCAUCGCAGGUGGCCGAAACGACUACUAUCAAGCCACCCCAGGAAGACGGUGUGACUCGUUCGACGCAAGAACGCCUGACGAUAACUACAAUCCCGCAGAUGCCUAAGUCUACUGUAAUCACCACGGUCGAGAUCUCUACGGUGGUUCAGAUUGUGACGUCGACAAUAUCAACCUCGGCUACGGACAGGGACGCUCCCGGGGGUAUAUUCAUCAUGACGCGAUCAAUGACAUCCAAGUUCUAUAACACAAAGGUGAAGACUGUUGAGCUCACGACGACCGAUGGCGUUGCAACAACAUUGGUCUUGACCCAGACAGAUGAGAACGGAGUUCUUACCACAGCAACAGAGACAAUGUUUGCAUAUUUAACGACAAGCACUGGCACUGAUAGUAAUGGGCGUCCGGAAACCAAAGUACUCGAGGUCUUAAAAAGGCCUUCGAGGUCAACUUUCAUAGACUCUCAAGGGAGGCUCACCACCAAAACGUAUCAAACGACUUUGUCGACCACAACUCGUACCGACAGGUACGGCAGACCAACCUUGACCGAGAUUCUGGAUAUUACGGAAACACCCAGUGUGAUGACGCUGUAUGACGAGAACCACAUAGCAACCGCAACCAUCACCAAGAUGGUAGGAGACGGCACUUCAACAAGUACGGUUAUUGCCGUUGCCACGAGCACGAUGACCGGCAAUGCGUCGUCGGCAUCAGCAGGGCACAAGGAGCCUAUAAAGCUUCCGAUGACGUCGAGCCAAUACUUCUCGAGUGUGCUGCUGCCUAUCUUCCUGGCGAUCGCGCUGUCAAUAGCGGUCCGGAUCCUGGACCAGAACGCCAAGCUCUACCAGCCCUUCUUCGCCCUGACGCUGCCCUACGGCGCACGCACAGCCGACUCGCUGUGUCUGAACACGACCGGGAUGUGGGGCUUGAUAUCCGGCAUCCUGUCGCCGUUGACGGGAAACGUGUUGCUGGUGGUAACGGGACUACUCGUGCUGACCAGCUCGUUGUUGAUAGCCCUGAGCACAGAGGCAGUGCGCGUGGUAUCAGACUGCUCGGGCGGCAGUGAUGUGCCCUGCCCCGCGGCCUUGAGCGUGGUCCCAGGAACGGCACAGGCAAUAGUUGGCCUCUUUUGCUUCAUGGCCUUGCUCCUUGCCAUCGCCGGCUUUGCUCUCUGGGGACGUCAGACAGGGAUCUGGAACAACCGGCCAUGGAGCAUGUUCGACAUUGGUCGACUGGCCCUGAACGGCAGCACUCUUGCACUGCUAAAGCGUAUGCGGCCCAAGAACGGCAAAAUCAAGAACGGAGAUGCCAUCAGAGCGUUUGGCAAUCGACGUUUCGGGUUGGGGUACUGGAAAGCCGGUAACGACUGGCAAUACGGCAUUAUGAUCAUGAACGAUGCAGGCAGCCUGCUAGACAAGAACCGUGGGAUUGAAUUCAAGGAGGGGGGCAAGUGGAGCGUCAGGAAGAAGUCGAUGCCCUUCUUCACCUUGAGCCUGGCCGGGCGGUCUCUUUUCCUACUCCUACUAAUGAGCCUGGUCCUGAUAAUACUCCUGAACAACAAUACCGGCGUCAAUUACCAGACGUUUAUGGAUGAUGCCUCCUUUGGUGGGCGGUUCUUACUCACCGCAGUCGGAGUGGUGAUUUCCCUGUCUUGGUGGACCUUUUUCUCAUGCAUUGCAUACCUCAGCCCCUACAGGCUACUCUACCGAAACCGUGGGGCGAAGGAGGCAAUAUACCUCAGCGCCCCGACCAAUCCGUAUGCGGGGUUCUGGAGGGUUACUACGAGGCAGCACCCAGACACUUACCUCGGCGUCGUCGCCUUCACGGCGAUACUCUCCGAUAUCCUGCCCAUACUGCUCGCCAACAUCCCGUCGAUUGGCCUGUCUGAUGGUGGCGCGUCCACGGCCAGCACUUGGUCCUCGGUCAGCAUCUUGUGCAUCAUGAUCGUGGUCAUCAUCUGGUCGUUCCUGCUGAGCUGGCCGCCCAUGCCCAUAGACCCGAGCACGAUCGCGGGCGCAAUGUACUAUGCGACCGAUCCUUCCAAGUUCCUUAAUGGCGUGCGUACGAGCGGGAGAUCGAGUCCGGUAUAA